AAAUACUGCAAGAAGACAGCCUCGGACUUGAACUCCUGAUUAACUCUCUUGCUUCUUCUCCUCAGUCUUGCUUCUCUUUCGCUCAAACACUUCAUGGAAACCGAAGUGGUCAAUGAUUUGUCUCCGUUGGCAAAGGUUUACAAGGAUGGCCGAGUGGAGAGACUCAUGAGCACGGCCACCGUCCCUGCGUCGCUCGACGAGAAAACCGGCGUCCAGUCGAAGGACGUCACCAUUUCGUCGGACCCCGCCGUGUCGGCGAGGCUUUACAUCCCUAAAGCGGUGGUCGGCUCUCUCCAGAAGCUCCCCGUGCUCGUGUACUUUCACGGGGGAGGGUUCAUAAUCGAAACGGCAUGGUCGCCGACUUACCACAACUAUCUCAAUCCCCUCGCCGCGGAGGCUAACAUCAUUGUCGUCUCCGUCGAAUACAGAAGGGCGCCGGAGGAUCCUCUUCCGGCGGCUUAUGAUGAUUCGUGGACCGCCCUCAAAUGGGUGGCCUCUCAUUCCGCCGGGAACGGCCCCGAGGAGUGGUUGAAUUCUCAUGCCGAUCUCAAGAAGGUCUUUAUGUCUGGAGAUAGUGCCGGUGCUAACAUAGUUCACAACAUGAGCAUCCGACUUGGAGAGGAGAAGCUAAGUGGAGUCGAAUUUCCAGGCGUUAUUAUGGUGCAUCCUUACUUCUGGGGCGAAGAGCCAUUGCCUCUGGAGCCCACCGAACCCGAGAAGAGGUCCAAGAUCAGGGACCUCUGGCACGCGGCGAAACCGACUACCACCGGGUGCGACGACCCACUAAUGAACCCAGCGACUGACCCAAGGCUCUCGGGUUUGGGUGUCAACAGGGUUCUAAUCUGUGUUGCUGAAAAGGAUAUGUUGAGACAGAGGGGCUGGUAUUACAAGGAGGUGUUGAGUGAGAGCGGAUGGAGUGGAGUUGUGGAAGUGAUGGAAGCACCGGGGGAGAAUCACGUGUUUCAUUUGAUUAAUCCUAGCUGCGAUAAUGCUGUGAACAUGAUGAAGAAGUUGGUCUCCUUCAUGAAUGAGGAUAAAUAGGGUCAAAGGUGUUCCUGUCAAUAAGUAGCUUCCUUUGUGUGCGGGGCCAAUUCUUGUUAUCUCUACCUCUAUUUGUAUUAAAAGACAAAGUUCAGUUUCC